CUUAAUCUUUCUCCUCUCUCCUUUGUGUCCCCUCCUUUGUGACUGCGAGUCACCGAUCGCCAGGCACUCCUCGGCCUUUCUUUAUGGACCCCUCCCCAUCACUUCCCAAACCACUCCUCUCUCUCCUGCUCCUCCUCCUCCUCUUCUCUCCUCUCUCCUUCUCUGACUCCGAUCUGUUCGAGUCUUGGUGCAAGGAGCACAGCAAGAGAUACGCCUCCGAGGAGGAGAAGCUGGCCCGCUUCCGGGCUUUCGAGGACAACCGCGCCUUCGUCACCGAGCACAACGCUGCCGCCAAUUCCUCCUACACCCUCACCCUCAACGCCUUUGCCGAUCUCACCCACCAUGAGUUCCGGGCCCUUCGCCUGGGUCUCAGCCCCCGCCUCGCCGUGCCCUCGGACAACCGGACGGCCUUUCGGGGAUUUGUCGGUGACGUUCCUGACUCGAUUGAUUGGAGGAAGAAGGGGGCUGUCACCCAAAUUAAGGAUCAGGGCAGCUGCGGUGCUUGUUGGGCCUUCUCAGCCACUGGUGCAAUUGAAGGAAUAAAUCAGAUUGUGACUGGAUCUCUGGUGAGCCUUUCUGAACAGGAGUUAUGUGAUUGUGAUCGAACUUAUAAUAGUGGAUGUGGUGGUGGACUCAUGGAUUAUGCAUUUAAGUGGGUAAUACAAAAUCAUGGUAUUGACACUGAGGAUGAUUAUCCCUAUCAAGCUGCAGAAAAGACCUGUCUCAAGAACAAGCUAAACCAUCGCAUUGUAACAAUUGAUGGCUACACCGACAUACCCCUGGACAGCGAGGAUCUCUUACUUCAGGCUGUUGCAACCCAGCCUGUGAGCGUAGGUAUAUGUGGCAGUGAGAGAGCAUUUCAAUUAUACUCAAAGGGUAUCUUCACCGGCCCAUGUUCGACAUCUUUGGACCAUGCUGUACUUAUUGUAGGAUAUGGUUCAGAAGAUGGUGUUGAUUACUGGAUUUUGAAGAACUCAUGGGGAACAAACUGGGGAAUGGAUGGGUAUAUGCAUAUGCUUCGCAAUAGUGGAAAUGCACAAGGGGUCUGUGGUAUAAACAUGCUUGCAUCUUACCCAACAAAGACGAGUCCAAAUCCACCUCCUUCACCAGGCCCAGGUCCAACAAAGUGUAGUUUUCUGACCUACUGUCCAGCAGGUAACACCUGCUGCUGCACUUGGCGUGUGCUGGGACUAUGUCUUUCAUGGAGUUGUUGCGAGCUAGAAAAUGCUGUUUGUUGUAAGGAUCACCGCUCUUGUUGCCCAUCUGAUUACCCCAUCUGCGAUACCAGCGGGAACCGAUGCUUUAAGGGUAAUGGAAAUUCCACUAGGGUAAAAGGAAUUGAAAGGAAAAAUUCUUACUUGGGAUUUGAUUCCUGGAAUGAUUUGCUUAAGGUGUGGGAUCCAUAACGUCCAGGAUUAUUGCCAGCAAGAUUUCCCCUUUCAGAGGAGUAUCUUUCCUCCAUGUAAGACAUAUGGUGAGCUCACUUUUUCUGUGACACCAUUUUUGUUGUACCAGUUGGUGUACUUGGAGAUUCACAGGGUCUUCAUGAUUAUUGGUAAAUUAGCAUGUAGGCAAUACCAGAGUUCAGCUAUAAGCAGAGGUUGAUGUAUACAUUUGUAUGAUGUGUUAAUUAUAAAUUUUCAAACUGCAAUAUUAGCAUAAAAUGUGAUUAAGACAGAGGUGCUUGCCAUGUGGAGACUGCUUAAUUUAGUUUGUACCAAGGCUCUUUUCUUGGAAAGCAUGCCAUGUUGUCACUAAAUGAUUUAUAAAUCUCUGCAACAUUAUCUGGAGCAUUUUCUUUUUAA